AUGUUUGUCAAUGUGCGUCGCCUGCAGAACUCUUUUAAGGUACACUGGUCUUCUUCUCUGAGUUCAUCUCAAACCCUAAUUCCCAAAUUGUUUAACGAGUAUUGUUCUUCGUCUUCUUCUGAUUCGAGUACUCGUUCUUUUGACUAUAUUGCUCAAUUUUUGCCUUCCAACGAUGGUACUCUGAAAUUGAUCUCUGUGAAUUCCGUGACUACAAAUGACCGCCGUAGAGUCACUGUUGGGUUAUCCAAAGCCAUUAAGCUGUAUCAGGGAUACGUAUUGAAGGGAUUAUCGAGAAAUUUCUGUCCAUUUUUACUGGUUAAGAUUAUGAAACUGUUUGAAUGUCGGGAAACCGCGUAUGCGUUCUUCAAGCUAGCAUUUAAGGACGAUUCUGAAGAAACUGUUAGGUCUUGCUGUGUACUGGCACAUCUCUUAGCUGCAGAACAACUUCGUUUUCUAGCGCAAGAUAUUGUUUCGUGGGUUGUUGCUAGAAUUGGUCCAGGAAGGAGCAAGAAUUUAGCGGCAUUUAUGUGGGAAGGUCACCGUGUGUAUGAAUCUGACUAUUCAGUUUUGGAUACUCUAAUGCGGGCGUUUGUAAAGUCAGAAAUGCAUUUUGAGGCGUUAGAAAUAUUGAGUAAGAUGCGUGAGGUGGGAGUGACGCCAAAUCCAUCGGCCAUUUCGAUUCUUUUUAGAUUGUUGAUUAGAGCUGGCGAUUGUGGUGCUGUAUGGAAGUUGUUUGGGGAUGUGGUUCGAAAGGGACCUUGCCCUAAUAAUUUUACAUUUAACUUAUUGAUUCUUGAGUUUUGUAGAAAAGGUUGGACUAGGAUUGGAGAAGCUCUGUUGCACGUAAUGGGCAAAUUUAGAUGUGAACCAGACGUUUAUUCCUAUAAUAUCGUGAUAAAUGCAAACUGCUUAAAAGGGCAAUCAUCAUAUGCACUUCAUUUGUUGAAUCUAAUGAUCGAAAAUGGCUGUAAACCUAGCAUUGCCACAUUCUGUACCAUCAUUGAUGCCUUCUGCAAGGAGGGUAACGUAGAGUUAGCCAGGAAAUAUUUUGAUGAAAUUGAAGACAUGGGUCUUUCUCAGAAUACUAUAGUCUAUAAUAUCAUGAUAAGUGGGUAUGUUAAGGCAAGAGACAUUAGUCAAGCAAACUUGCUAUUUGAAGAAAUGAGGACCAAGGAUAUAGUUCCAGAUGGCAUUACUUUUAAUACAUUGGUUGCUGGCCAUUACAGAUAUGGAAAGGAGGAGGAUGGGAAUCGAUUAUUAAGGGAUUUAUCUGUGUCUGGGUUGCUUCAUGAUUCUUCCCUAUGUGAUGUAACUGUUGCGGGAUUGUGCUGGGCAGGUAGGUAUGAUGAAGCCAUGAAGCUUUUAGAGAAUUUACUUGGGAAAGGAAUUCCUCCAAGUGUGGUCGCUUUUAAUUCCAUUAUUGCAGCUUACGGCAAUGCAGGUUUAGAAGAGAGGGCAUUCUAUGCCUAUGGUAUAAUGGUGAAGUUUGGUUUAACCCCUUCAUCUUCCACAUGCAGUUCUUUGCUUAUCAGCUUAGUUAGGAAGGGGAGCCUCGAUGAAGCAUGGAUAGCUUUGUAUGAUAUGAUAGAUAAAGGAUUCCCCGUCACUAACAUGGCCUUUACAGUUCUUUUGGAUGGGUACUUCAGGAUAGGAGCUGUUAAUAUGGCUGAAAGUUUGUGGAAUGAGAUGAAGGGUCGGGGGGUGUUUCCAGAUGCUGUUGCAUUUGCAGCUUUUAUUAAUGGGCUCUGUAUUUCUGGUUUGAUGACGGAUGCUUAUGAUGUAUUCUCUGACAUGUUGAGAAAAGGGUUUGUGCCUAAUAAUUUUGUGUACAAUUCCUUGAUCGGUGGAUUCUGUAAAGUGGGCAAACUAAAUGAAGCUCUGAAAUUGGUGAGAGAAAUGAAUAAAAGGGGCCUUCUUCCAGAUAUUUUUACCGUGAAUAUGAUAAUCUGUGGGUUAUGCAAACAAGGUAGGAUGAAGUUAGCAAUCGAGACGUUCAUGGACAUGUGUAGGAUGGGAUUAUCUCCUGAUAUUGUCACUUACAACACACUUAUUGAUGGUUACUGUAAAGCAUUUGACGUGGGUGGUGCCGAUGAUUUAAUGAUGAAAAUGUCAGAUAGUGGGUGGGAACCUGAUCUCACGACUUAUAACAUACGAAUUCAUGGUUACUGCACUGUCCGAAAAAUCAAUCGGGCUGUGAUGAUACUUGAGGAGCUUAUUUCAGUAGGAAUUGUUCCAAAUACUGUAACAUACAACACUAUGAUCAAUGCUGUUUGUAAUGUCAUCUUGGAUCACGCUAUGAUUUUAACUGCAAAAUUACUUAAGAUGGCGUUUGUUCCAAAUACCGUGACAGUAAACGUAUUAUUGUCUCAAUUUUGCAAGCAAGGGAUGCCAGAGAAAGCCAUAUUUUGGGGUCAGAAGUUGAGUGAGAUUCAUCUAGACUUUGAUGAAACAACACAUAAAUUAAUGAACAGAGCCUACCGUGCUUUAGAAGAAGGUGGCGAGGUUAUAAAUACAUCAUACGAGAAAAGCGUGUUUAUGGAUUUUCUCAUGUAUAUUACUUACGAUUACUUUUGUAGAACUAAACCCUUAAGAGAAAAAGAUGAUAGCUCAACAUUUAAAACCAGUUUUAGUCAGUUCAAUACGUUGAUUGAAGUAUAAGCUUUUAUCUAUUAUUCAAUUAUUUGAGCAGGAUCUACUUGCAUAUUGAUUGUUCUAGAAAUGCAUUGUUGGGGAGUUCAUUCGAGCAGUGGAAUAUUUUUAAGAUAUAGACAGAAAGAUAGAAAUAAGAAAGAUAUUAUUCCUUCUCUGAACUUUUCAAGGACUACUAUGCGAAAGAUGCAACUCUACCAGACAUGAUGCUGGAAUGCCAGCGAUGUGCUAUCGGCAUUUUAAACAAUGAUUUCUUGUAGUUCCUAUCUCUGGAAGAAUGACCUUACAUGCUCAACUGUGUCCUUGAGUUGUAAAGUCCCUAUCUCUAAAAGAAGAAGAGGAAGGAAGGCAGUGCCUUUGAAUAUUCUAGAGAGCAGGAUCAUGAUGCCCAAGAGCGUGACAUUCCCUUUACCUCACUUCCACUUGAUGGCAUGGAUAAGGUAUAUGGAAAUUCAGAUAUCAAGGAAAUCUGGCUGUCCAUAGUUAUCUAAAGUAUAGAUGCUUUUAACGUAGACGCAAAAUAAUGAUAGAAAUCUCAACUAGCUGCUUUUGCUCCUGUUAGUUUGCUCAUGAUAAUAUUUUAUCAUGAACGCACAAACCAGAGAGUGGCUAACGUUCUGAAGGUAUUGAUCAACAACUUCAUUUAGAAAAACAGAAGGAAUUCUUAUAAAAAAAAA